AUGUCGAGAUUUUUUGAGUCGGUUGAUGAAGAGAGGGAGGAAAGCAAUAAGACCAAGGUAAAGGAAAAGGUGUAUGAGGAGUCGGAGAGGCAGAGCAAGAAGGAGAAAAGACUCUAUGAUCUGCAGUGCAGGGUGAUGGAGCUUGAGGAGGAAGAGAACCAGAAGGUUUUUGACAAGCAGCUGAAGAAGAUGCUUGCCGAUGUAAGGAAGGUAGAGAAUCAUUUUGGCAAAGACCUUCCUCCAUUUUUGAAGAAGUUUUUGACGUCUCCAAAAGCAUACACCAAAUCGCACAGGAAGGCCAUUGAUGAAUUGCUGUCGAAGUACGAGUCUAAGGAGGAGAUCCAGAUGAGCCAGGAGAGCAAGAAGGAUGAGGAGGAGAUAUCCAGGGAUCUAAGCAAGAUACUGGUGAUCAAGGAUACUGAGAUGCGGAAGAAAGAGCUGAGGGAGUUUAAGGACAGUACAAGGGAUGUAGCAAUGAAGGCCAAGGCCUUGAUAACUCUCCUGUCAGUUUACGUGAAGUCUAAGGACGGAGUGGAAAUUAUGAAGACAAUAAACGAGCUGCUUGAUUGUCUGACAGAUGGAGAGGAGAAUGCGGCGAGAAGUGUUCUCCUGGAGAACAUUGAUUUCUAUCUCGAAGCUCUAUAUGAAACUCUUGAUUCUUCCAAGAUUGCACCCUACGGCAACUUGCUUAAGAGGCUCUCAGCUAUUGACAGAGAGGCUGUUGAGGGGAGAGUCCUGCAGUUUGAGUUUUUUAAGCUGGGAAGGGCAGUGGAAACUGCCCACCCCCUAUUCAGGCUUCUUUAUAUUGAUAGGGUUCGGGGAUACAAGGAGUCAAGGGAGUACUACAAAUCGAUAGAAGGCACUGUUGGGGAAGGGAAGGUUGAGCAAGAAGUGCUGCAGGAGUUCGGGAUGUCUUCUUUCAGGAACGGAGACUUCGAGAUGUCUUUUAAGAUUCUUUCGAAGUUCUCAGGAGUAAAAGGCUUCAGCCAUGAGAUUCCAAUGAAGCUUCUAUGUGUAAUACUCAACGACAGGAUCAAGGGAACGCCGAUACAUAACGAGUUCCUCGAAGGGUUCAAGGGCUUUGGAAGAAACAGGCUUUGCCUUCCAUCUGGAGACAGUGUGUUUGAGGUGUAUAGAUCUUUCUAUCUCUUGAACAUGCUUGAUGCGAAGGGAGCCGGAAAUAUAGUGAGAAGGUUCUGCGAGGGGUUUGAAGAGGAGAUCUGGUUCAAGGAUUUUGUAGAAUCAAGGAUUAAAGGCUGA